UCAGCGUCAUAUUACAACUUUGCCUCAGUUUCGUCUGAUGUAGGCAGCUGGGGUCGUUGGACAGAUAUCAAAUGGUGUCCUUCUGGAUUCUUGACUGCUUUUCAGCUGAAAGUUGAAGUGCCUCAAGGAAAGGGUGAUGACACGGCCGCAAACAACAUCUUGUUCAGAUGCAGUCAAGGGUCUCUGCUGACGGGUGACGGCACACGCUGGGGCACCUGGGGCGGCUGGAGCCAAACAUGUCAGGGAAAAGGAAUUUGUGGUAUCAAGACGCGGAUAGAAAAGCCACAAGGAAUCGGAGACGACACCGCUCUCAAUGACGCGAGCAUGUUCUGCUGCAAUUAAGAUGAUGAGAUCGCAAUCAAACACUCAGAUCGCAGAGCUGUUUGGAAGAUCUCAGUGUAUUAGUGCUGGCUUAUCUGAGUUUGUCUUUUCUUUCCGGUGUUAGAGAACAACAGCAAGAAGAUCAGAUGGAACAUAAUAAUUUAUCAGCAUACUGUUCUGAACUCACAUACUGUACAACAUCUAGUCAUUAUCACAAAAUAAAGCCUGACAUGUGUUCAGGAUUUUAACACAAAGCAGAGGUCAACUGUACAUCAUCUCAUUUAUUACAUGGCAAUGCAAAGUGUGUUUUAUCAGUUCAUGCAUUUCAAAUCCACAAUCUCCAUACUGUACAUUAACUGUAAAGCUGUCAACCCAGUUACAUGUCAUUUUUCUGAGGGCAUAAUUAUAUCCUAACAUCUAUUAAAAUAUAUGUUUAGCAUGAAAUGA